AUGGACGCUUCUUCAUCUGAGAAACCGCAGUCUGUGUACUCGCAGGCAGAGAGGGCCGUCGUGCCAUCCAGUACAAGUUCAGCGAAAGAGAAGGCAGACCUCGAUACGCCUGUCAUCGAUUCCUCUUCCCCAGUGGCCGACGACGAUGUUCCUGCGGACCCCUUCGACAGCUAUCCGGAAGGUGGACGGGGGUGGAUCGUGGUGCUCGGAUGCGUUAUUUUCUCCGCAUCAACUGUGGGCUGGGCGCUCGCGUGGGGCAUUGUACAGACUUACUACGUGGAGCACCUCUUUCCCCAUACGUCCGAAUCGGUGCUCAGUACCUUGGGGAGCAUGUCUGGAAUGAUCAUGACUUUGACCAGCGUGAUCACGGGAAAGUUGGGCGAUCGCUAUGGAUAUAAGCCAUUUCUUGCUGCAGGCGCGUUAUGCUGGACCGUCAGUAUGCUGUGUUCUGCGUUUUGCACGAAAGUAUGGCAGUUUUUCCUUACCCAGGGCGUAUUACAAGGCAUAGCGUGCUCUCUAGUCUUCCCUCUGAUUGUUGCUCUACCGGCGCAGUGGUUCUAUAAGUACAGAGCCCUGACCACAGGCAUCGUCGUUGCCGGUAGUUCAUUAGGUGGUGCCGUUGCCUCUAUGCUGAUGUACGGAAUGCUGGAGUCACUCGGGCUGCGCAGGACGUUCGCGAUUUACAGCGCUAUCGACGCUGUAAGCAUGACGGCGGCGUUUUUCAUGAUACAGGAGCGCCGACGUCCUCAAUCCAAGCGUCCGGAUAUUAUCUGGUUCGACCGCACGUUCUUCAUGGACCCCGUUUUCUGGAGCCUUGGACUCUGUUUCCUGUUCACCACCUUCGGCUAUCUAUCGCCUAUCUUUUACCUACCCACAUAUACCAGCGAGAAGAUACCUAGUGCCAGCCUCCUGCUUUCUUCCCUUCCAGUCACCGCGCUCAAUCUUUCUGCAGCAGCGGGGCGCACGCUAAUCGGCUUUGUCGCGGAUCGCACGGGCCCGGUGAACGCCCUGUUUGUUGCGAUAUUCAUGUCCGGGAUUACGCAGAUUCUUAUCUGGAAUUUUGUUACCACUUAUGCUGGCAUUAUGAUAUUUGCUAUUCUCUACGGAUUUUUCUGUGGCUGUUUUAUUUCGCUCACUCCCGCAGUAGGCGCGCAGCUGUACGGCUCUGGUCGUCUUGCAGGCUUGUCCGGCCUUCUGCUCUUUUUCAAUCUACCUGGGAACUCUGCUGGUGCCCCGCUGGGUGGUGCAAUUCUGAGCGCGACGAAUGGAAGCUGGAGAGCAGUUGCAAGCUGGUCUGGCGCAAUGCAGAUCGCCGGCGCAAUGAUUCUAUUAUACGCGCGAUUCAAACGCCAGCCGAAGCUAUUCUCGGUGUAUUAA